AUGAAGAAAAAAACGAAGUACAACCGCGGCACCCGCCACGAAGACUACUGGCUUUUUGGCGGGGUAGACCGAACCACGAAGCAGUGGUUUGGUGUCGUGACGUUCGGCGAUCGGACCAAGCCGACCCUGAUGGCGCUGAUCAAAAAGCACAUUCGUCCUGGGACCCACAUCAUCACCGACAAGUUCGGAUCGGACGUUUCAACCAACCAGCAGCACACAUUGGCUAACAACGACUUGCUCGCCGGAAUGCGUUACACCAACUCGUGGGUUAACCAUUCCGAAAACUUCGUGAACCCAAGAAAUGGCGCCCACACCCAGCAAAUUGAAGGCGUUUGGGAGGUGCGUAAAAAGCAGUACAUUAAGGCUAUGCGUGGUGUUCGCAAAUAG